AAAUGGGUUUGCUUUCUUGCUGGGGUCAUGCGCGCACACACACCCCUCCAAGUCUAGCUUGUCAAUCAGGGUAAAUGGAGCGAUCUGCUCCCCUCGCCUGCACCCACAGGUUGUAAACUCAUUAAUUGCUCUCCAACCAGGUUUCACCAGGCUCUCUCCCUUGAUGCGUUCCUCCUGUAGCUCUGCUGAAGAAUGGCUGCCAGGCACUGGACUCUCUGCAACAGAUCUGCUGCGUUUUUCACCUAUUCUGUGCUGCUACUUCUGUGGCGGACCGAGGCACACGGCUAUCCGGACAGUAGUGAAGUUACGGAGAAGGACCAAAGCAGAGAGGAGGAUGUCGCUCAGUGGUGGGGAGAAUGGAGCUCCUGGUCCACGUGCAGUCGGAGCUGCGGAGGAGGGGUCAUGUCACAGGAGAGGCACUGUUUACAGCAAAGACGUAUAAUUUCACAAAACAAGAAUGGCACCUUUUGCACUGGAUCACCUCGGCGCUACCAAUUAUGCCAAGUCCAGCCCUGUCCAAAUAAUGGCAUCAGCUUCAAACAACAGCAAUGCUCAGCUUUUAAUGCCAAAGCAUUCAGUGGGCGAUACUAUCACUGGGUUCCACUGUAUCCAGAUGACCACAUUAAUAUUUCUAAUAAACCAUGUGACCUGCAAUGCACCACUAUUGAUGGAGAGAGGCAGUUAAUGGUUCCUGCUCAGGAUGGAACAUCGUGCCGAGACCGAACCUAUCAGGGUGUCUGCAUUACUGGCCGAUGUGAGCCUGUUGGUUGUGAUGGUCUUCUGUACUCCUCCAAGCGGCUAGAUAAAUGUGGACUCUGUGGUGGUGAUGGCAGCACCUGCUUCCGAAUCUCGGGCACCUAUCGACGUGGGAUUACGCAUUUAGGUUACCUCUUCAUUACGAACAUUCCCGUCGGUGCUUCUGAUAUCCAAAUAAUCGAAAGGAGGAAAACAGAAAAUAUUUUAGCUCUCGCAGACGAAGGUGGUUACUUUUUCUUCAAUGGGAACACAGCAAUUGACAAUCCUCGGAAUUUCCGGGUGGCAGGGACAGUAUUUAAGUACAGGCGACCUGCAAAUCCACUGUCUGAUGGCUUUGAAUACAUCAUUGCCCAAGGACCCACCAAUCAAGGACUGAAUGUGAUGUAUUACAACCUCAAUGGGAAGAUGCCACAUGUUACGUAUGAGUAUACGAUCCCACGACCGCCCGUGCUCAAACCUGCGCCUCCCGUUGAGAGUCCAUUCUACUUCAGCGUCCCAGAAGCAAAGUUUGAAGACCGUGUCAGCAACUGGCAUAGAGUCAAAUUCCACCCAGGCCCUAACGCCCUUCAGUCCAACGUAAUCAGUCUGAGCCCAACACCAUGGAACACAACAAGCACUUUGCACCACCCCCGUUUGCACAGUAACUUUCGAAGCAGUUCCCAGCAGAGCAGUCUAAGAGCACUGUGCAGGAACAGCUCCCUGAACGCAGCUCUGCCCAUCCUGUGCACAGGGAUAGAGGCUAACAUGUCGGCCAAGCUCAGGACUGAGAACUUCACCAGUUACUCAAACCCAGGAGGUGGCAGCCAGCAACUUGAAGAACCCAAUCAGGGCAGUGUACUUGAACAGCUUCAUGUGGGCUCGGAGCCCAGAAUAAACACUGGAGGUGAGGAGAGAUUUAGCUACAGCCUGUUGACGGAUUCAAUUUAUCCGCUUUCCAAUUCCACUUCAUUCCACCUCUUAAACUUAGUGAAUAACCACAGGACGGAAUCUAUUCAGUCACCAGACACUGAAAGCAAUGAAUUUGAAGAUGGUGAUAUUGAUCAUGACAUCAGCCUGGCUGACAUGUACAGAUGGAAGGUAUCGGCGUACGCACCCUGCAGUUCCACAUGUACCACAGGCAUUACCACUUCUUAUGCUAUGUGUGUCAGGUACGAUGGAGUGGAGGUGGAUGAGUCUCACUGUGAUGCAGUUACCAGGCCUGAGCCGACACAUGAAUUUUGCACAGGAAGGGAAUGCCCUCCCAGAUGGGAGACCAGCAGAUGGAGUGAAUGUUCCCGGACCUGCGGGGAAGGCUAUCAAUUCAGGACGGUGCGGUGCUGGAAAAUGAUCGCUCCGGGUUUCGACAGCUCUGUUUACGAUGAAUUGUGCGAAGCAGCCGAGUUGACCAGACCAGUGGAGCGCAAACUCUGCAAAAACAAGGGGUGUGGGCCGCAGUGGGAGGUGUCAGAAUGGUCGGAGUGUUCUGCGCGGUGUGGCACCAGGGGGAGCAUGAGACGUGAAGUUCGAUGCUCUGUUGAUCCUCGCUUGUGUGAUGAGUACACCAAACCAACCAACAAGAAGGAGUGCAUGGGACCACCUUGUGACCGUCGUUGGACUGCAUCAGACUGGGGACCAUGCUCAGGAGCCUGUGGAGAGGGCCGCAUGACACGUUACGUGGUUUGCAGGAACAACGAAGGCAAGGUCCUACCGGAUUUGCAGUGUGACCUGGCAACAAAGCCCCUGGCGGUGCACCCCUGUGGAGAUAGAGACUGUCCCCCUCACUGGGUGUCACAGGAGUGGGAGCAGUGCAAUGCCACAUGUGGCCGGGGCCGGAAGACCCGGAGGAUUCUGUGUGCUGGCCUGGAAAAUGGAGCUUAUAAGGAGUAUGAGGAGAGCCGGUGUGGUCACUCCAAGAAGCCUGACGAGGAGGCGGCCUGCUUCGAGAGGCCCUGCUCAAAGUGGUUUAAAACGUCUUGGUCCCAGUGCAGUAAAACCUGUGGCAGUGGUGUCCGGGUUCGUGAAGUGAAAUGUUACCAGGGAGAUGAAGUUGGACAAGGCUGCGAUCCAUCCACAAAGCCAGAGGCAAAAGAGACAUGUGAGGUCCAACUGUGUCCUACGGACGCACCAGAUGACAACUGUCAGGACAAAGUGACGGCCAACUGUGCAUUGGUGCUGAAGGUGAAGCUGUGCACACACUGGUACUACAGGAAGGCCUGCUGCAGAUCCUGCAAGAACAGGGCAUAGUGCCACUGGUGACCUUCAGGGCUACAAUCCUGCAGGGAAUAAGACAAAAUACAUAGUCCCUUUUUUUAUCGCGGUGGGGGGGGAGGAAGUGCAAGUACGGAGUGAAUGGGAGGAAGAGGUUGAAGUUCAUCACCAAUCCCAGUCAAUAUGAGCAAGCAAUGCUGCAAAACAUAAGAAAAUGCACAAUACACCCCAUACCAUGUUUGUUUGACUUGUGACUACACUAUCACUCUGCCUCUUCUUCUCUCUCUCUCUCUCUGUUUCUCACUCCGGUCCUCCCCAUUGUAUUGGAAAGGUGCUGUGUUCAUUCCCAUUACUUCACACCCCUAACUCAACCUCCCCCAGCUCUUUAAAAUCUGCAUAGACGCCACACCUGGGGUUGCGUCAUGAGAACUUUUGAGAGUCUCCCUCAGUGAAGAGGAGCACGAGCUUGGAUUCAGGACCUCCCCCAAACCCCUCCACCACCUCUACCUUCCAAAAUGGCCAUUGUUCAUGUUCUCUUGACAGCUAACCCUGCCAGAAACAAAGUGCGUGCCAACCCACUGCCAACCCAGACGAUCCGCGUCUUAGUAAGACAAGGUGAAAUAGUUAACUAAGGUGGUUGCUUAAAUCUUUGAGUAUUAUGAGUGAGGGUCUGUGAGGAGGGCAAGGGGCAGCAACCAUUCACAGAUUUUCAGAUUCCAAAGUCUUGGGUCAUAAGCAGCCAAACAUUCAGACCAAAGUAAGAGACAUGACCUGAUACGGUUAAGCGACUUGUGAAUAAUAUUCAAAGUAAAAAUUGGUCCAGUACUAAUUUGAAUGCCUGGGCACCUCCAACCAUUACAACAAGUACUGUACUCCAUAUUGUUUACAAACUUUUCUAGAGCCACUUGGAGGCAGAAAAUUAGUACUGUAUUAAUUUCUUCAAUCUCCUCACAUCUAACUUUUGCACCCAUUCCCCCCCAAGCUCUGCACUUGACUCUUUCUCACACCUUUAGGACCUUGCACUCCUUUACAAUAAGGAAUACCAACAAGCCAUCAUCCUGAAAUCUUCCCUUUCACUUUGCUGGAGCCAGCUAUUGGGAGGAACUAGAGAGUUACUACCCAUCUUGAACGUUCCUGACCCACCCCUUCACCUCCCUGUAGUGACCGAGAGGGAUAUGUCUGAAUCUGGGGGACUUGAGAGAGAAGGGUUGAGGCUGCAUUCAAUUAGAAAAUGGUGCUACACUCUGAUACACCAACCAGGGGCGCUGUGGGCAUACUCAACACUGAACUAAUCGUGCAGCUAAUGGGGAAUCACUGGACAGCAUUUUAAAUUGGUUGCUUAUAGGACUAAAACGUGUUUCAGCACAACUGUGAUAAAGUUAGCAAUUUGUCGGGAUCACCACAAGAUGCGGAGCCAGUCACUGACUCGCAGGAGAUCAUCAUUGAAGAGGGAGAGGUUCUGGUCACUGAUACCACAUGCUGGGUGACCAUGUGCUUCGCGCCGCAUGUGUUUUGAUCCCAAGUGAUGCUGGGAAAACCAGAAUGCAACCAAAGUGAGAGCUGAAAUGCUUGACAACAGAAGACCCCUUUAUGGUGUUGCUAUGCACAGGUCUGCUUUGGAAGGUGAAGUUAACACUCCUUAUGAAGCUAAGUUUGGGGAUGUAUUUCUGAUAGUAUGAUGUAGCUUUAAUAUAUGACAACUAGACAUUAUCACAUGCUCCCAAGGGUAAUUGUACAGCCAUUCUUUUAGAAUUAUGUUGCAAUAACAGAU